ACUCUCCGGUCCAAUGGACAGGCUGACGUGGCACCUUUCCUCCACUUUUUCCCCCUUCUUCCCUUCUCAGUCCACCAUUUCUCAUCCUCAAACCCUUCUUCCUCUCUCUGUCUCUCGCUGGCUCGCUUGUUCUCUCUGAGUUUGAUUUUGACCUCUGAGAGCUCGAUUCGGCGAAAUCUCCGCACGGCCCUCUCCAUUUUUAUGCGGUGGAAAGCUCCUUCGGAAGCUGGAGCGCUGAUCGAUCCUAUGGGUUGGGGAAGAACUUGCGGUUGAUGCCUGUGUGAUUGGGGAGCGCUGAAGCAAUCGAUUGUAGUUUCAUGGCUGAAGCAGUUGGCGUUCUUCAGGGCCAAAAUGGCUGCACAAGUUUGAAUUCCUUGAAUGGGAUUUUGACCAAAUAUCGAGUUUCAUAUGGAGAUCAAAUUGGAAUGGCACCAAAGUUGAGGAAACCCUACACCAUAACUAAGCAGCGUGAAAGGUGGUCUCAAGAUGAGCACAAAAAGUUUCUUGAAGCUGUUCAACUCCAUGGCAGGGCUUGGCGUCGCAUUGAAGAACAUAUUGGAACCAAGACUGCAGUGCAAAUACGAAGCCACGCACAAAAGUUCAUCUCAAAGAUGGCUCGAGGUGCAAAUGAUAACCAAACUAGCAACAUCAAGCCAGUUGAAAUUCCUCCUCCUCGUCCGAAAAAGAAACCAACCCAUCCGUACCCUCGCAAACAAGUUCUUUCCUCCCCUGUGGAGGUUCCGGUUCUUGGGAGAUUAGAGAGGACCCUAUCACCUAUUUUGUCUAUCUCUGAACAAGACAAAUCGCUAUCAUCGCCUCAAUCUGUAGUUGGAUCAGAGUCAAUUAAUCCAUUCUUUUCAAAUAAUCAUGAGAGUAGAAUUCCAUUAUUCAACAACUCAGUUGAAGAAGACAUUAAACACCUUUCAUUAAGUUUCGCACGUGCCGGACGAGCAACUAAAAAUGAAUCUACAAUGGAGUUGAAAAUGAACACUUCCAUCGAACAAAUCGAUUCGAAAGAGGCUUCUUCAGGAGAAUCAGUAGUAAAAACUCUCAAACUUUUUGGAACAACACUGAUAGUCACCAACUCCUGCAAACAAUUUUCUACAAUAGCCCUAAAACCUAAACUAGUUGAAGAGGUAACCAAUGAGACGUUUCCAAUGAAUGGCACAUGGCCUGGUGGCUUUAUUCCAGCAUACUUUUACUGGCCUGCCUUGUAUGGAAAUGAAGCAAACUCAGAAAUGGAACCUCGAGUUCUUCCUCUUCCAGGCUGCCUUUCUAUGUAAAGACACCACUUUCUUCUAAUUUGCAGAAUGAGUGAUCUGAAAGAGAAAGUAUACUGUUCAAAUGUUUGGGGAGACACAGUUGGUGAUAGCCCAACUUUGAAGCUGUGUUUGUAGAUUGCUUACUAACUGUAAUUUUAUUGCGAAGAUGGAGCUUCUGGGAUGAUUGUUUUGUUCCAGAGGCUGAUAAUUGUUGAAACUGAGGAGAAAAUAACGCCUAACCAGUUCUGCUUGGUAGAAGCAGUGUGAAUUGUUCGGCCCCCAAAGUGUUUGUUUUAGGAAAUUUACAUACCACAUUAUUCUUAUGUAUUUGUAUAUCUAAGGCAUAAAGUUUGU